AAGAGCCAAUUUAAAUCCCCGUGCCAAACAAGAUGGCGGCGCCCAGGGCCUGCAAGGAAACCACUUUGGGCUUCGUAGAAAGGACUGAAAACUGGCGACUCUCCAGACAGUUUUUCCCAAGUAAAGUAGGUGGUAAGCCUGCUUGGUUAUCGAUGACGGAUAUCCCAACCAGUGAGAAGCUUAACUGUAGGAAGUGUGGCGCUGUUUGCGUAUUUCUGAUGCAAGUGUAUUGCCCCAUUACCGAACAGGGCACGUGUUUCCACAGGACAUUGUUUAUCUUUUGCUGCAGAGAUCCGACUUGUCACAAACACUCUGACAACGCAGCUUUCGUUGUUUUCAGAAGCCAGCUGCCCAGAGAGAAUGAAUUUUAUGAUUAUGAGCCACCAGAUGAGGACGUUCCUCUAGGAGAAGGAAAAGACUGCAAUAGUAGUGGUGGUGACGUAACCGAUGAUAGUUUGUGUGCAGUGUGCGGCUGUUUCGGAGGAAAGAAAUGUGCAAAGUGCCAUAUGAAAAGCUACUGCUGCCGGGAGCAUCAGCUAAUUGACUGGAAAGCUGGGCAUAGAAAAGAGUGUGGCUCAACAGGUUCUAUAGCCAAUGGAUGCAAACAGAUCCUUUUUCCAGAGUUUGAGCUGGUUACAGAGUCAGAAGACUACCAUCACGAAGACAUGGAUGAUGGUGGGAAAGAGGAAAGCCAUGUUCAGGAUGACACCGGAGACAAAAGUGAAAUCAACGUGGCAGAACUUGAGAAGAUGGCACUGAGUGAGAGCAAGGAAGACCGACAGUUUGCCAAGUUCAAGAAGCGCACUGAUCAUGAGCCAGAUCAGGUCAUCAGGUAUCAGCUUGGAGGCCAGCCGCUUCUGAUAUCAUGCGAGAAUCAGCCACAGCAACAAGACAUCCCACCCUGCAGUAGCUGUGGUUCUGAAAGACACUUUGAAUUUCAGGUGAUGCCUCAACUCUUAAUACACCUAGAUGUUGACAGUCUGGAGGCCAGCAUAGACUGGGGUACACUCCUCAUCUACACCUGUGCCAAGAGUUGUGACGGAGCUUCUGCUUAUCUGCCAGAGUUCCUGUGGAAGCAAGACAUCGUACCAGAGUCCAACAAGUAACACAGUCAGACCUAUGGCAGAUCUACAGAGUGGCAUCCCAUCCAGGGGGCAUGGAAAUAUUCUCAGUUGUUUCAUGUCUAAGAAACCGGAGAUACAGGAGAGCCUGAUGGGCCAUACUGGCUCGGCACAGACUUUACUUUCUUUUCCUUGGUGAUUAAUAUAAAUGCAAAACCUUACAUUAUGUGAUUGAAAUCUCUAAAUUUGUGUUCAAAAUGUACUUUCCUAACUGUGCCCUACCAUCUUCAGGUUUUGACAUACAUGUAAAUCAUGCAUAUUGUAUAACUUUCUGAGUCUAAAUCAUUUUAGCUUUAUAGUGGACCAAAAGGUCUUUACUUAUUGUGCUAACCAGUUACAGUGUGUGGUCUUAGUGGCUACUUCGCUGCUGCUGUGGAUAAACCACAUUUUGCUCCGUAUGGUGCAUGGUUACAAUCCAAAUGAUGAGACCCAGCCCAGAGCUUCUCAGAGAGGCAUCACACGGCCUAUGACAAACACACAAAGGUUACAUCACAAAGUUAGUACAUUGUUAGUAUAUCAGUCUGCGGUAACAACGUGACAUCUUCCUAAUCAGUUUGUGCCGGGGUUAUUUUUGCUGAACAUUUUUAUUGUCAAAAAAAAGGCAUGAUAUACAAUGUAGCAGCCAACUUUUGAUGUACACUAUUACAGCCAAACACCACAACUAAUGAUUCGCAAGAGUCAUUUCAACGGUAUUUGUAUGCGGAUAUUUCUUACCGCAACCUCAUAUUUUUCAAUUAAAUUUUUCAGCGUAAAUUGUAUCACAACAGGCAGUGCACAGUGGCCAAGUUCAAGUACAACACACAGUCUGCCUCCACAGACUUCUCGGACUUUGUGUGUGUGUACAAAACAAAUGGUGGAUUAGCGAGUUUAGACAUCACCCGGAGGCAAGUCGAGGCACUCUUGACAUUUUAACCCGUCAGCUGUGCCUGUAUGUAGAAACAGCCAGAUCAUGUUAAAACGUCAUCAGACGCGAAGUGGAUAAUAAGUUAUUAGGAUAAUGUUCUGCCCUUCUGACAUGUCUGAAUAAUGACUUGCACAUUCUUUUCAAAAUGUUGACAGGAUCUGAGUUUUAUGUCGUCACUGCUUUUUCUCCUGAAGAGAUUAUUAGGUGAAGCAAAUGCAAGCCCCCACUCUCUACUCCACCACUCAAAGCUUGAAAUCAAGUUGAAUAUGAUAUUAGAUUCUCAACAUCUAGGUUAUAGAUUCUUGACUGGUGUCACGACUUCAGAAACGAUACAGUGUGUCAAGUUGUGUAUUUUUGUUCAGGAUUGUGUCAACAAAGGAAACAAAUUGGUGUUUAUUUCUUAACAGUAUUAAGUUAUCUGUGCAUCAUAUUUCUGCUCAAUCAACUUGUAUGAGUGUACGUGUUCAUCUUUUCAAACC